UGGCAAAAAAGAUGGAAAAAGUCAUCGAUUUUUUUUUUCAAAAUAUAAUGCCUGCACUGCAGGCUAAUACUCGAUACUUAAGUUUGUUUCGUUAAAGCGUAUUGUACUGGUAUAAAUUUCCUCUAAACUGAUGUCAGGUGCAGUCCACAGCAAUUCAUAGCUCUUGUGGAACACGAGAACAUGUCUUUAUCGAAGGUGCAGAAUGGCCAAGUGACUAAAGUACGUUAUACAAAAGAGUCAGCAAAUUUUAGCCGAUUGGCUGCCCUUGUUAUUUCAGUAGGAACAUUAGCCUUGAAGACGCAGUUCAAUGAAAUAUACUCUCCAGGGGUGCUACAUCAUGUUUUGGGAUAUGAGACAGUUUUAAAUGAUUUGCAGAACCUUCAAAAGGAAAAACGCAUCAGUGCGACACAGUGGACCAAACUUUAUCCUGCUGUACGUGAAUCGGUUUCAGCUGAUACAUUUGAUAUAUCCCUUUUGAUGGUUCUGAUAAGAAACAUAUGUUGUUUACCAGCACCUCCUGCAGGUUGGGACAAACUGCCAUCAUCAGAAGACACUACCUUAAGUGCUGACAUCACACGUGUAAGCUAUUUUAGGAGAGAACUAGCCCAUGCAUCAGAGGCCUCAAUUGACAAUGAAACUUUUGAGGACUAUUGGAAAAUUCUAAGUGAAGCACUUGUGAGACUUCUAGGGGAAAGCCGUAGACCUGAUUUAGAUCAUCUAAAGGAAAGUACCUUAAACCCCAGUAUGGGAGACUAUUAUAAUGCUUGUCUUGAAGACAAAGGUGAAGAGGAAAAAGAACAAAAAACAGGAGGUGAUGACUGUGCAAGUAGCAUUGCUGAAGCAUUACUUUCGAAUGGAUCUUUGACCACGUACGGCUGCUCUGGUAAAAAUGUGGGUGACGGUGGUGCAGAGUCAUUUGCUAAAGUCUUGGUAGAGAACAAGACUCUAACUGAGUUAGACUUAUCUAACAAUAAAAUAGGAAACCGUGGUGCUUGUCUUAUUGCAAGCGCUCUUGAAGAAAACGUCACUCUUAAGAAUUUAAAUUUGUCCAAAAAUAGGAUUGGGGACGAAGGUGCUAUUGCUUUAGCCAAUGCUCUUAAGGUGAAUAAAACUCUUGCAGAAUUGGAUAUGAGCAAUAAUAAAUAUGGGUCUGAUGUCAUCACACAGUUUUCAGAAGUUGUAAAAACAAGUACAACAAUUACAAAGUUGGCAAAUUGACGUCAUUUUUUCAUGUGUCUGUCCUCUUAUUGAUCAUGAAUUUUGUCAUAACAUGUUCAAAGUAGCCAUGUAUCCGCAGACCACUUUAACAAAUGAAUGUAACGUUGAAAUUCAUCGUCAAUAACAGGACAGACGCAUAAAAAAACUGACGUCAAUUUGUUUUUUACAAUAACAAAUUGUCAAAUUGUCCAUUCUCGCGUGAACAUCACAUAAGUUAUAAAUUCAUGCGUCUGUCUGCUUAUUGGCAAUAAAAAUUAGCCAACGAGCAUGCGAGAAUCUUUGCAGUUAUUGAAAAAUGGAUGCUUUAAUGCUUGAGCAGGGGUCUCGUUAAAGUUUUCAGCAGGAGGGAAACUGGUCUUCACAGGUGGGCAAAACUAUGUGAACUGUACUUCUAAUAUAAGAAAAACGUUUCCCUAGAUGGUCAAACCAGGCAGGCAAAACCAUCCUCACAACCUUGCAAUUUACCCGGUGAGCUGCCCUUAAUGAAAGCCCUGCUUGAGUCAAGUUUGUUGACGUUAGUUAGAUGCAGUGUGGCCUUUGAAACGUCCAUUAAGACGAAAAAUAUAGCUUUCCUGUUUGAAAAGUACUCAAGAUGUAAUAUAUCACGUUUGACCACAUUUUCAAACACAUUUGAGGUGUUUGGAAGUUUGGUCAGGCACGGACUUAAGUGUUUGAUGUAUCUUCUUAAUCGAAACUGAAACUAAGGAGAAAACGGAGAAAUGAAAUCUUAAAAAUCUAUGUAUAGUUAAGAUCAGAUACAGGUUUAAACUAAAUGAAUUAUAAAUGAGUUUGAAUAUAUAAGGGAAUAGUGUAUUAUUGCUUUGGAUACAAAUUAAGUCAGGGAACACUUUUUUAAGUCUCAAAACGUGUUAUUUAGUUUUUAAAUUUUAAUUUUUGUUAGUACGUGAUAAAUACUGUUCAAAUUCAAAGUGCAAUUACAUUGCAAUGAUAGUAUAUUAAAAACUAGAAUUUCAGAUAUCUGUUUGAACUUAGAAUAAAAAAGGUACAAUUUAUUUAUAUUAUACCGUUUUAUUUAUUUAUUUUUUAAUUUUAAUUUUUGUUAGUACGUGAUAAAUACAGUUCAAAUUCGAAAUACAAUUACAGUACUAAUGAUAGUCAUUAUUAAAAACUAGAAUUUCAAAUAUCUGUUUGAACUUAAUAAAAAAAAUGGUAUAAUAAUCUUAGUGAGUGGGAAACCUAGCUUGGGUCUUCUAUCCAGCAGCAUGAGUCAAUUAUGAGUUGACUUUAGUCAAACGGAGUUCAAGGCUUCCCCAACCUUGACACCUCAAAGAAAAUUGCCCAAGCAACCCACAUCCUAACCACGUUAAUCACCUCUUCAAUUGUUUUGUUGCCAGCAUGAUUGCCCUGAUGGUGUGUACCAUUGCAGUUAUGUCCUCUGUCAGUGGUAGACGUGUUCUCUAACGUAAUGUGACAUGCCACGUCAAUCAUAUUGGGGUUUCGACAAAACACUGAUCCCCUACAGAACCCCCCUACUGAACCCCCUCGCUGGCCCCCUACAAAAUCAACAGGAAAAAGAAAAUAAAGCCCAGAACUAUCAAUGGGACCGAUUCAAGUUCAUUAAUAAUGUGUGGUUCAAUUCAACCUGUUAUCAUCCCCCCUGGGCAUACCCCCGGGGAUUUACAUUUUUUUCUUGUUUGGCAGCCUAUUCCCAGCCCCCAGGCACAAAAAAGGAUACAGUUCCCUGCCCCCCGGGACUUCUAUCUACCUCAACUAUGUAUGUGUACAAGAAAGGGUGGCAGUAUUGGUUGCUCUACCAUAGUAAAAACAUUGGUCUUCAAUUCGUCUGAGUUUCUCAACUACUAUGUCCAUGCGAUUACAUAAUUCCUUCAAAUGUUAACUGGGCAUUCAUCGCAUACUUGUUACUGUUACAGUUUCUGUUGUUGUUCCUUUCUUAAUAAAUGCCCUAUUUAGGUUUUGUUUUGAACACUCGGUUGUUUCUCCAAAAAGAAUAAGUGCCCCGUCUCGAAUAAGCGCCCUCCCUUGAGGUACCAAAAGCCUGAAUAAGCGCCUCGGCCGGCGCUAAAUCGAAUCUUUACGGUAUUUAACAUUUGCUAUGGUGAUUUAAGCUUAAACUUCAUCAACAAAAAGUUGUAUCUGGUGUUAAAAAAACGCAGUCCUGCCAUCGCUCCAAAAAACUCUUAAACCUUGUUGUUUUAAUUUGUUGUUGUUUUGU